AUGCCGGCGAGUCCUAAGCGUCGUGUAGCUAUAGCAGUAUUUGUAUUGCUGGCAAACCUGGUGCAAAUGAUCUCAAACGGUUCAACCGUUGCCGGAGGCUUCGAAAUCGGAAAAGAACUCGGCGUACGAGAUGUCAGGCUAUCGAACUGGGUUGCAGCUAGCUAUCCUCUCACACAGGGCACAUUUGUUCUUGUCAGUGGCAGACUUGGCUCUGUCUACGGGCACAAGAACAUGCUGCUUCUCGGUGGGGUGUGGUUUUCCCUGUGGUCGUUCCUGAACGUCGCCUGCAGGUCUUUUUUGUCGUUCAACAUAGCGCGCGGCUUUACUGGCAUGGGCGGCGCGCUGAUAUUACCAAAUGCUGUGGCCAUGAUCAGCACCACUUUUCCACCAGGGAAGAUGCGCAACUUUUGCCUCGGUAUCUUUGGUGCUGCGGCUCCGAUGGGAGGAUAUCUCGGAGCAGUCCUGGCAGGUGUAUUCACGCAGUUCACGCCUUGGUGGGGUCUUUUUAUCUUCCAGGGCAUUUUCGCGUCGGUCACAUUUGCCAUCUUAUGGAAGAUGCUACCACCAGAGAAGCCCUUCGACGCGCAGGGUAAAAUUGACUGGAUUGGUGCUGGUCUUGGGACCGCCGGUCUUGUACUUUUCAACUUUACUUGGAAUCAAGCCCCAGCAGCGGGUUGGUCAAAUCCCUAUCAGAUUGCCAUCCUAGUUGCAAGUGUCUUUGUACUCGCGCUAUUCGCGCUAUGGGAGCGCCAUUCAGCGUCUCCAAUUAUGCCGCUUAGCAUAUGGAAAGCGCCAUCUAUUCUUCCGCUUAUGUUGGCUGUUUUGAUGUCCUUCAUGUCUUUUGGAAUCAUGCUGUGGUACAUGGUCGCCUGGAUCCAGCUGACUCGCGGUUGGAGUGUGCUUCACUUUGCCGCCGCGUGGACUCCUUUCCUCUUCUUCGGUGUAUUCGCCGCUUGGUGGGCCUCGUGGCUGAUCCCUCGCAUGCCUGCCCAGUAUAUCCUUGCCAUUGGUUUGGUUUCAGUAGCAGUGUCCAAUAUCCUUAUCGCCACGAUGCCAGUAAAGCAAAGCUACUGGGCUCAAGUCUUUCCCGCAACGAUAUUGAUGUCCUUCUGCCCAGACUUGGUCUUCACGGCGGCGCAGAUAAUUGCCAGCAACGCCGUACGCAGGGCUCAACAGGGAGUCGCCGCAUCGCUCAUUGGCGUACUUCUCUUAUACGGAAACAGCAUCGGUCUCGGAUUCGCUGGAACCAUCGAGAUGCAGAUUGACAAAGAAAAAGGGAGUGUUGUUGCUGGAUACCGAGCCGCUCUUUGGUUUGGUUGCGGGAUUGCACUGCUUGCUCUUGCGCUAGACUUGGGAUUUGUGAGGAUGAAAAAAGACGAGAGAGAAGGCUGGCAGCACGAGGAAGAUAGCAUUGAGGAAGAGACCGCGGUGGCAACAGGACUGGAGACGAUACGCUAA